UCUGGAGUUGUACUACUUAGAAAUUGCUAUUUCACAAUUAAGGCAGGAAUUCUUGAAAAUAUAUAAGGCAGGAUCCAAGUGAGCUGGACAGACACCAGGCCACUUCUCUUCCCUACAUCUGACUGCCUUGGCCACUUCAGUACUAUGAGAGCAACAGCCAUUGUCCUACUCUUGGCUCUGACACUUGCAACCAUGUUCAGUAUAGAAUGUGCCAAGCAGACGAAACAGAUGGUUGACUGCAGUCAUUAUAAAAAGCUACCACCAGGACAACAGAGAUUUUGUCAUCACAUGUAUGAUCCAAUUUGUGGAUCUGAUGGCAAAACUUAUAAAAAUGAUUGUUUCUUCUGUUCUCAAGUUAAGAAAACUGACGGCAAACUUAAAUUUGUACAUUUUGGAAAAUGUUAAAUCUAUCUUGUGAGUCCAAAAUAUCUUUUAAUGCAUCUAUUCACAAGAGACACACUUCUGUUCCCAUAUUAUCUAUGCCACAUUGCCUACUCAUCACCAUAUGUAGAUUUCUUUGUAUAAUAAAGCAGAUAUAAGGGAAA